GGACUUUUUGAGGUCAGCUUGGGGCAUGUUCAUGGAGUAAAAUAACACGAGUAAAUGAAAUGUAAAUUCCCAAUAUGAUGUUUGACCAGUUCAUGUACUCAACACGACAAUAUGCGUAAGCAAGGUUUGUUGACAGAUCUCAUGUCGGCGUUUUUCUCCAGUCGAGCACAAAACCAUCUGAACCGCUGCCUGUGUAGAGCUGGCAGCCGGAAGCUGUGAUCAGCUGAUGGAGGAGGUGCUGUUGGAGAGGUGAGCCAUCUUUCCCCGGCAGACUGAUACUCUGAUAGAGCCUGGACGAGAGCGAUACGGGGGACGUUCUGGGGAUCCCGGUGUCAUUUGGAAGCAUAGACGAUUAUAAGACACCAGGACAGCCGCUGUCAGUCGGGAAGGACGAUACCUGUGGAUUGAUUCGAAUUUCUGCAAAAGAGCUGACUGAGGAAUAUACGAGCUUAUAACGUCAGGCAGAAGGCUCUAAUACUAAUACAAAGAACGGAAAACAUUGAGCUAGGAGCGGGGAUUAAUAUCGAAUUGUGAACCGUUUGUAACCUUUGAAAAUGCAAAACUCUAGAAGAUCUGCGUUACAAAUAAGCACGUAGUUAUUGCAUUGAGGCAGGUGUAUGGCUUCACUAGUAAAUGUAAACAAACAGCUAUUUAAGCUAGCUGGAGUUAGCCGUUUGGAGGUUAGCUUUCUCGUGCUAGUACCCAUAGCUAACGUAAGGUAGUUGGACCAAUACGAAGGUAAAGCAACGCCUGUCGUCGUGUAAGAAACCAAAUUUAACCUCAGUAUAAUCGUCUGCAACCGAUGACAGCUUUUGUGAUAUCUCAGUUCGUUGUUAUUAGCAUAAUUAGCCUUUCCGCUAUCAUCGGCUAAAUGUUAUUUGUACUAGCAGCCCAUCAUAAGAACAUUUAACUAGCACACUAAAUGUACAACAAACAGCACAGUUGGUUGCAUUAACGUAUGUGUGUAUUUGACAUCGACUGAAUAACAGUGUUUGUCUGAGAGAGAUUUAACUUUCAGAAUUGGGUUAAAGCUACAAUACAUGAUCGAGAUAUCGACUACAGUCGAGCUGAUUGGCUGAAAAGAGCAGGACUGGAUGAGAGAAAACAACUUAAUGACUUCUUAAAGAUUUAAUCACAUUGGUACCCCGAGUCAGCAAUAUGUAUAAGAAUUCAUAGCUGCAUGUUGGAGGCGGAAUUAAUAAGUUUUGCAUUUAUACUAAUUGGUUUGUUUGACAUGAACAAUACUUAGCUGGUGUAUUUGGCUUGUUUCUCCUCAGAGGCAGCAGUCGGCAGUAGUGCAUUAAAACCAAAACCGACGAAGGACUUUCUAGUCAAAGUACUGGACUGUAAAGAGAGCCACAAGUCAGUCAGGCGGCAUGGAGUGGGUCCGUAAAUCGAUUUAAAUGACCAGUGGUUUGAUUUGAAUAAAUUACAAAGCUGAAACUCAUGCGAAUUUAAAUAUAAACGCGGUGUACUUGUAGUUGUGUAUGUUCCUACAGACAGUUUAAAGGAGAACACAGCCUUGCCAGAGUUUGUAGUAUGUAGCUGUGUGUGAGGGCCCAGCGGUAAGCCUCUCAGCUGUGUUGUGGUUGCUAGUGGCCUCCCCUCCCCCAGUCUUAAGACUCCGAUUCCUCCCGAGUGUUGGACACUGUUUGCCGGGUUUCCUCUUGGUUUUUCUAGAUCGAGGAAAGGCCGUGGCCCAGAGUCGCAGUCCUCUGGACUCCGAAGCAGUUAAAAAGUGGAUGUAAUGGAACUUAUGUUCGCCGAGUGGGAGGAUGGGGAGAGGUUCUCCUUCGAAGACUCGGACCGGUUCGAGGAAGACUCUCUGUGCUCCUUCAUCUCAGAGGCAGAGAGUCUCUGUCAAAACUGGAGGGGAUGGAGGAAGCAGUCUGCUGGACCCAACUCCCCAACUGUCAAGAUUAAAGAUGGCCAGGUGAUUCCUCUGGUGGAGUUGUCAGCAAAGCAGGUAGCCUUCCACAUCCCAUUCGAGGUGGUGGAGAAGGUUUAUCCCCCUGUCCCAGAGCAGCUCCAGCUCCGCAUUGCCUACUGGAGCUUUCCCGAGAAUGAGGAGGACAUCAGGUUAUAUUCCUGCCUGGCGAAUGGAAGUCCAGAUGAAUUUCAACGUGGAGAGCAGCUAUACAGGAUCAGAGCUGUCAAAGACCCCCUGCAGAUUGGCUUCCAUCUUAGUGCUACAGUGGUGUCCAGUCAGGCCGGUCAGUCUAAAGGAGCUUACAAUGUGGCGGUCAUGUUUGAUCGCUGCCGCAUCACUUCCUGCAGCUGCACCUGUGGCGCCGGAGCCAAAUGGUGUGCUCAUGUGGUGGCCCUCUGCCUCUUUAGGAUCCAUAAUGCAUCAGCAGUGUGUCUGAGGGCUCCAGUCUCCGAGUCUCUGUCACGGCUGCAGAGGGACCAGCUCCAAAAGUUUGCUCAGUACUUAAUCAGUGAGCUGCCUCAGCAGAUCCUACCAACAGCUCAGCGACUGCUGGAUGAGCUGCUGUCAUCUCAGUCUACUGCCAUCAACACUGUGUGUGGAGCUCCAGACCCCACAGCAGGCCCUUCAGCAUCUGACCAGAGCACCUGGUAUUUGGAUGAGUCGACCCUCAGUGACAACAUCAAAAAGACUCUUCACAAGUUCUGUGGGCCUUCACCUGUAGUCUUCAGUGAUGUAAACUCCAUGUACCUGUCGUCCACCGAGCCGCCAGCUGCUGCUGAAUGGGCAUGUCUGCUGCGACCUUUGAGGGGCCGAGAGCCAGAAGGUAUCUGGAACCUCCUGUCUAUUGUUAGGGAGAUGUUCAAGAGACGAGACAGCAACGCAGCCCCACUGCUUGAGAUCCUCACCGAGCAGUGCCUCACCUACGAACAGAUCAUCAGCUGGUGGUACAGUGUUCGGACAUCCGCAUCGCACAGCAGUGCCAGUGGCCACACUGGGCGCAGCAAUGGCCAAUCAGAGGUGGCGGCUCACGCCUGUGCCAGUAUGUGCGAUGAGAUGGUGGUGCUAUGGCGGCUGGCAGUGCUUGACCCCACUAUGAGCCCCUGCAGGCGUUUGGAGCUGGCAGGCCAGCUAAAGCAGUGGCAUCUGAAAGUAAUAGAGAUAGUGAAGCGGGGACAGCAUCGUAAGUCUCUGGAUAAACUCUUCCAGGGCUUCAAGCCUGCUGUAGAGUCCUGCUAUUUCAACUGGGAGGUGGCCUACCCACUGGAUGGCAUCACCUACUGUAGUGCUGAUAAGAAGAGUGCCACAUUCUGCUGGUCCAGGGCAGUGCAGCUCCAAAGAGGAGCCAAAGCUGCUGCAGGAGGGGGUGGAGAAACUUCUGAAACAGUUGGAGUAGUGCGAGGGGAAAGUGGAGCUGGAGAUUUUAAAGGAAGAGGAAGUGGGCACUCUUCCCAACAGGAGGUGGCAGUGAGACCCAAGGAGACCAUACUGACCAAGAGGAAAGGUCUGUCAGUGAGUGGUGGCGGAGGGAUGCUGGUCCGUCUGGGAGGGAGCGUCUCUCUGGCCUUGGAAGAUGGAGGAGGGAAGUGCAUGUACAAAGGACCAGGCUCCUCCUCUGGAGGCAAGCUGAAACUGACACAGGGAGGUGGAAAGGGGGCAUCUGUAGGAGGUCCUGGAGGAAAUGGAGGGUUAGGAGGUGGUAAGCAUGCUGGUGCCAAGAGAAGAACCAGCAGUGAGGACAGCUCCCUGGAGCCAGACCUGGCUGAGCUCAGUCUGGAUGACGGCUGCAGUCUAGCUCUGGGGGCUGAGGCCAGCAACACUUUUGAGUUUCUCCCCCCACCCCCUGAGAUGCUGCCGUCCCCGAGUCCACUGCUUAGAGACUCACGCAAGUACAGCAGUGGCAGCGGAGGGAGCAAGAUGUUUGAAACAAAGCGUGUCAGCCAAGCCUCAGCAACACUUCCUGCGGCAGAGCAUGCUCCACCUUGCUUCCCUCCCAAAGAGACUGUGGUGGUUGUUAUGGACUUGCCGAAUGCUGCAGAGAAGGAAGCAGAGCUGGAGGUGGAGCCUGUCCAAAACAGAGAUGAAGAUGUAGAUUCAGCUGGCAGUAACCAGCCUUCCACUUCCACCACAACAGCAAGAUCAGGUACCACUGAAAAGGCUGCCAAACCACCACAGAGUAACAAAGAGGCAGCAUCAGCUGGAUCAGCUACAGGUGGACAAGCUAACCAGGCUGCAGAAGCAGCAGGUGGAGAUGCGGGAGAGGCUGUAGGUGAGGAUGACUACCAGGCAUACUACUUAAAUGUUGCCUCGGAGGAGGGAGCAGACAGACAGCUUGCUGACAACCACCAGGAGGAGGAGCCAGACAUUUUUGCAGGAAUGAAACCUCUGGAUCAGGAGGGGCGCAUGGAGGUGCUAUUUGCAUGUGCAGAGGCUCUCCAUGCUCAUGGCUACAGUAAUGAGGCAUGUCGGCUGGCUGUGGAGCUGGCCAGAGACCUGUUAGCCAACCCUCCAGACCUGAAAGUGGAACAGCCACAGACUAAGGGUAAGAAGAGCAAGGUGUCAACCAGUCGUCAGACGCAGGUAGCCACUAACACGCUGUCAAAAGCUGCCUUCCUCCUCACUGUUCUCAGUGAACGACUGGAGCUACACAACCUUGCCUUCAGCACCGGCAUGUUCUCCUUGGAACUCCAAAGACCGCCGGCAUCUACCAAAGCUCUAGAGGUGAAGCUGGCCUACCAGGAGUCAGAGGUGGUAGCUCUGUUGAAGAAGAUUCCACUGGGCCUGGUGGAGAUGUCGGCCAUCAGAGAGAGAGGCGAGCAGCUCCGAGACGGAAACUUCUGUGAUUACAGACCUGUGUUGCCUCUCAUGUUGGCUAGCUUCAUCUUUGAUGUACUGUGUACCCCAGUUGUGUCCCCAACGGGUUCCCGUCCACCAAGCCGCAACCGUAACAAUGAGAUGCCUGGUGACGAGGAGCUGGGCUUUGAGGCUGCUGUUGCUGCACUCGGUAUGAAGACCACAGUCAGUGAAGCGGAGCAUCCUCUGCUGUGUGAAGGAACCAGACGAGUGAAAGGUGACCUGGCCCUGGCCCUCAUGAUCACCUACAAGGAUGACCAGAGCAAGCUCAAAAAGAUACUGGACAAAUUGUUGGACAGGGAGAGUCAAACCCACAAGCCCCAGACCCUGAGCUCCUUCUACUCCAGCAAGCCAGCAGCUGGCAGCCAGCGCAGCCCAUCAAAGCAUACUGCCACCAACCACAGUGGGGUGAGUGGGGCCACAGGCGGCGUUUCCAAACAUGCACCCUCAUCUUCAUCUGCAACCAGCGUGGCAGCCUCUUCUUCCAGCUCUUCCUCUGCUGUAGCAUUGGCUGGCGAGGAGUUGGCUCAUCAGGCUGAACUGAACCCGGUGCAGAACAAUCCAGCAGGGGAGAACACUGCUGAGACCAGGGAGCAUGUAUCAGAUGGGCCUCCACCUUCAAGUGAGCAGCAGAAUGAAACAGCUCCAUUUAAACUGGAGGCCACAGUGCCCAGUCGGCUGGCACUGGGGGCACGCUGUGGAUAUAGCCAACGCUGCUGGGGCUCACCUGUACGCCAGAAGAAGAAACACACUGGCAUGGCGAGUAUUGACAGCAGUGCUCCGGAGACAACCUCAGAUAGCUCUCCCACCCUCAGCCGACGGCCACUCCGGGGCAGCUGGGCAGCAACAUCUUGGGGGCGGGGCCAGGACAGCGACAGCAUUAGCAGUUCAUCGUCUGAUUCACUGGGCUCCUCCUCCUCCAGCGGAUCUCGCAGGGCAGGGGGCGGGGCCAGGGCCAAGAGCACCGACACCAGCAGGUACAAAGGGCGACGUCCAGAGUGCCAUGCGCCCCACGUGCCCAACCAGCCUUCGGAGGCAGCAGCUCAUUUUUACUUUGAACUGGCCAAGACGGUGCUGAUCAAAGCUGGAGGAAACUCCUCCACCUCCAUUUUCACCCAGCCCUCAGCCAGCGGGGGCCACCAGGGGCCCCACAGAAACCUGCACCUGUGUGCCUUUGAGAUUGGCCUGUAUGCUCUUGGCCUUCACAACUUUGUCUCACCCAACUGGCUGUCCAGGACCUACUCUUCCCAUGUGUCCUGGAUCACUGGUCAGGCCAUGGAGAUCGGCAGCGCUGCCCUAAACAUUCUGGUGGAAUGUUGGGAUGGUCACCUCACCCCUCCAGAGGUGGCAUCCUUGGCUGACCGAGCGUCUCGAGCAAGGGACCCCAACAUGGUGAGAGCGGCGGCCGAGCUGGCCCUGAGCUGCCUGCCUCACGCUCAUGCCCUCAAUCCUAAUGAGAUCCAGAGAGCCCUGGUGCAGUGCAAAGAGCAGGACAAUGUAAUGCUGGAGAAGGCAUGCAUUGCAGUAGAGGAAGCAGCCAAGGGUGGAGGUGUUUACCCUGAGGUUCUCUUUGAGGUGGCUCACCAGUGGUACUGGCUGUAUGAGCAGUCAGUGGGCGGGGGCUCAGGCCAGCUGCGAGAGACCUCUGGGCGCUGCGGGGCCAACGGGGGUUCAGGCAGGAGGCCCCCAGAGACCAGCUGUGUGGUCCUCGACACUGGAGCCAACAUGGAGUCUCAGGGGAUGGCAGCCGUCACAGCCUCAGUCACUGCAGCAGCUGUCGUACCUGUCAUCUCUGUAGGCUCCACCAUUUACCAGUCCCACGCCAUGCCAGGGCAGGCCAUGGCUCAUCCCCACAGCCAAGGCCUCCACCCCUACACCACCAUCCAGGCCCAUCUCCCCACCGUCUGCACCCCACAGUACCUGGGACAUCCUCUGCAGCACGUCCCCCGACCCACAGUCUUCCCUGUGUCUGGAGCUGCAUAUCCACAGGGAAUGCACCCAGCUUUCAUUGGUGCCCAGUACCCAUUCUCAGUGGCCACUGGCCCUCAGCCCCCUAUGGCAGCCACAGCUGUGACCUUCCCUGGUGUCCCUGUACCGUCCAUGACUCAGAUCGCCGUCCAUCCUUACCACGCAGAGACCGGCCUACCACUGAGCACCACUGUAGCAGUAGGCAGUGUCCACGCGGGCCCCACCAUCCAGGCCAUACAGGGAGCAUCUCUCCCCUCCCUGUCCUCCCAGCCCGGCUCAUUGGUCAGCACUCCAUUCCCAGCAGAGGACGAGCAGCACAACCAGCCAAUCAGUCAACAGGGCCUGCACUACCUGCACUCUGCCUACAGAGUUGGCAUGUUGGCAUUGGAGAUGCUGGGCAGGAGGGCUCACAACGACCACCCCAACAACUUCUCCAGGAGCCCACCAUACACUGAGGAUGUCAAAUGGCUGCUGGGACUUGCUGCAAGACUAGGAGUCAACUAUGUGUACCAGUUCUGUGUGGGAGCAGCAAAAGGUGUCCUCAGUCCAUUUGUCCUGCAGGAGAUCAUCAUGGAGGCUCUGCAGAGGCUGAACCCUGCCCACAUCCACGCCCACCUCCGAACACCUGCGUUCCAUCAGCUCGUCCAGCGCUGCCAACAGGCCUACCUGCAGUACAUUCACCAUCGGCUCAUCCACCUGACCCCUGCCGACUACGAUGACUUUGUCAACAUCAUCCGCAGUGCUCGAGGUGCUUUCUGCCUGACCCCUGUGGGUAUGAUGCAGUUCAAUGACGUGCUGCAGAACCUGAAGAGAGGGAAGCAGACCAAGGAGCUGUGGCAGCGCAUCUCCCUGGAGAUGGCAACCUUCUCCCCCUGAGCGUGCUGCUCAGUGGGGAGCAUGCUGGCUCUGGGCCUGGACUUCAGGAAUCCCAUCCAGUGGCUCUUAAGCCUCCAGCAUUGCUACUGCCAUUGCACUGAGCUGGCCACAUUCAUGCUGUCUGGUUCUAUCAGGGACCCUGCUCCCUGCUAUGUGGACUCACAAACAAACACAGCACACGGGCAGUACAAUCAGCUCCGGUACCCCUGACCCAGACCUCAGAGGAGACGCCAGGUCAACCUCCUGCUCUCCUCUGUUCUUGACAGACUCCUCACUCUUGUUUAAUCAUGGUUCAUGUUUGUGUAACUGUGGAAUUAAAGUGUACUCCUAUCUUUCUUCAUCUAACCUGUCUCUUCCAUUUCCCCUAAGCUGACGACAUUAACGGGGAUCUCUCAGCCUCCAUCCUCACUUCCUUUCAAGUGUUUUGUAGUUUUGUUUCAUUCUGUUUUGAGUGAAACCACUAAGUGUAGCUCAUUUUCAUGCUGCAACAUUCCUGUCCAGAGUGGUAGGUGCUGCAAGGCCUUGUUUGCCAAAAGCUUGUCACUAUGGAUCUGAAUCUUUGCAGAGUGGGAGACGAGAAAGAUUUGCAAGGAGAAAAAAAAGGUUUAAAAUGAAAAAUUAUAUUGUGAGUACGAGUGGGGAUUUUUCAGUAUUUUGUUUCAUUUUUUUAUAUAUAUUUUGUAUAGAAUAUAACAUGUAUGCAGAGAGAAAUGGGAAGAGAAUGAGAGAAUGUUAAAGGUGCUGUUGUUGUGGUGUGGGAUCCAUAUUUACAUUUCAGCCUGCCUGAGGAGUGAUUCGAACACAGCUCCAGACCAAAACCCGAGGCCAACUAACCACUGCUCCAAGCACCGAGUGCAGCAGUCACUACAUCUGGAUCAGUCCUAAGUUAUAACUUGUCUAUAAGGCUGGGUAUCAUUUACAUGUUUUGAUUUGGACCUUCUUAAGACUAAAAACAUCUUUUCUCCGAGCCGAUGGCGGUGCUCACCAAAGUCUCUGUGGUGGUUUCUGCUCAUGUCCCAUUAGAGGCUCCACAGGUGUUUAAUAAGCGACAGAUGCGGUUUUUUUGAUGCCUUUUAUGCUAAAUCUAAAUAUGCUUUUCUACACAAUAUUUCUAGACAUUAAACAAAAUAAGCUAAAUUCACUCUGUAUUGUUGUCUAAACACAAUUGUGCUGAAUCUGAGCUUUAAUAAAAUCUAGUACAAAACUACAUUUGGAAUGAUGUUAAAAACAAGUGUUACUUAAAAGACCCAAGCAUUUAUUGGCAUCAGUUAAUAAUACUGAGUAAUACACACACUAAUCAGUGUGUACUCAAAAAGUAUUGAGAUUACAUACCCAGCCUUUCUUUUCAGCAUCCUAAUCACUGACUAAUUCAAAUACAUCAGCAGUCUCAGAUGCUUCCAUUGAGAAGCAGCUUUCCUAAAGCAGCUGUCUACUGCCCUGUAUUGGACAUGGUGAAAUUCCCCAGAUGUACAUUUGCCAAACUGUUUAAAGUGCUGGUGCUCAUCUUUGUGUUUCCAAGUGUUCCAUCAUGUAAGACCAAAACAUAGAGUUUGAAAACAUUUCAAGUACAAUUUUAGGUGCACCUCAUUCUGGUAUAGGCAUGGGAUGAGAUGAAAAUGUCAUGUCUUGAUUAUCCUGGCCAAAAUAAUUCACAGUAUUAUCUUGAUAAUCAUCAAAACAUUCUGGAAUCACUUCACCAUGCAUUUUGUUAGGGAACAAAUAUUCAUGUCAGAUAGGACACGCCAUUUUAGUUAAAUCUUUCAUAGUGAAAAACAAUCAAACUUAAAUAAUGUAAUCAUAAAUGACCUUAUUUAAGGUCAUUUAUGAAGGGGUCCCGAUUCAUGAAUAAAUAAAUAAAUGUCAGGGACCCCAUCCAUCUGUCGUUCUUUUAGUUUGGAAUCCAUAGCCUUUCCUCACACCUGAUACCAAAACAUUCCCAUUAGAAAGGUGCAUGUUGUUGUGAUAUUCGUUAAAUAUAGGACUGCACAUUUUGGAGCUAUUCAGCUGUUCACUGAUGUGAGCAAAUUCUCCACGAUCCUCUGUGAUCUGAUCUGUGAUAAAGUCUUCUUUCCUCCCAUCCCUGUUCUGGUGCACCAAACAAGAAUGAGUUUACUGCUGUUAGACUCUACCACUUGUUUUAUCUCCCAGCAGUCACAGGCAGUAAUGACACCAUUCUGGCCACACGCAAAAACAAACUUGAAAAAGCUGCGUCAAGGUCUUAGGUAUGACUGGACGUUUUGUUUUUUGUUGUUUUGUUUUUUUCUGAGAUUGAUAACUGAGUUAAGUAGUUGGUUUGGCAAGUGUGUGUUUUCAGUGGGAAGCAUGUCACAUACUGGGUAAGACUACAGGGCCCAGACAGUGGCUGUGUCUCAUUUUCACCAUCUUCUUUUAUUUGAUUCGGAAACUCCUAGAGGUUUUUACUAUUCCCAAAUUCACUGUGUUGCUCCCUUGUCUUUAUAAGGCCACAGCUGUAAUUUUGCAAUGCCUUCAUAAUGUUUCCUCUGUAGACUGUCUCACACAGGGAUACCUCCAAAGCCACACCUUCAGAGACCAUAACGGCACUAUAAUUGAGACCCAGCCAUUGUUUGGCCCUGAAAAGCCCUUCUUAAAUGAGCUCUGUAAGGCACACAAGUCCAAAUACUGACCCGAAGCUGUCAGAAAUCAGACACAUAAGUGUGUUUGAGGGGCCCCUUUCUUCAAUGUGGUUAGCUCAUAGACCAUGGUGCUGUUACUUUCAAACAUGUCGACGUUCCAUCUCCGUCUAGGCAGCUGCUGUGGUUCUGAACCUGCCUCUCUGAUUGGCUCUGGACCUCACAGGUGAAGGUGACUUAGUAGAAAAUGUACUGUGAUAUUUUUGUAUUCUUCAAAAAGUGUAGCUUGAUUGAAAAAUUCUAUAUGUGCUGAUUGCAAAAGGUUCUAAUUUAGUGAAAAGAAUUUAAAAAAAAAAAAAAAGAUAAAAGCAAUACUAAAAUUGUAGAGUUUACUUAAUAAAGAUAAUUCAAAACA